AUGCGCAGUUUACUGGAUGGUAUUACUUCCGCACUGCGGAUUCCGCAACAGUAUCAACAGCAGUGGGAGCGGCAGGCUGCGACGGAUUUCAAGACGUCAGGCUCCGCUGCUACUAAAACUGACACGACUACCGAUUUGACGAUUCACGAUCAGGCAUCUUUACCCUUGGAUACGUUGAGCCAUGCAACGCGAAGUGAGUUGCGCAGAGGCGGUAACAGCUCUUGCAGUUAUGCGACCGAAACGCCAUCUGAUUUACCAUUCAGUAUGCUGCUGCUGACGCAGAAUGUUGGUGGUAUUGAUCCCUCUUCUACUGAUGUGAAGGGGAGUGAUGAGUCUGCCGGUGAGGGUGCGAAGGGUGUGCGGGACUCUGUGCAGCGCUUUGUGGUGGAGUUCGUGGGCGAGCUUCGUGUGCUGAUUCAUGAAGCUAGUCGCCGCGAGUUUGCUGCAUAUCUCCGGAAAGGCCCAUCGGAUCCUGAAAGCUGUUUGUCGCCUGUUGCGGAUGACACCGCCGCCAAUGUGGUGGCGCCACCUCUGCUCGACGUGAUUGUGGUGCACUUCCAGGAGAUUGGGGGUAAGCGGAUGGAUGUGGAAUUCAAUGCCGUCUUUGCGGAGGCACUGAAAGAGCUGUUGCCUGAGGCGGGGUGGUCGUCAGGCCUCCUCAUGGAAGCAAACAACGACGCAGGGCGAUUUACAGCGAUGGGAACGAUCGUGUUCCUGUCGCACCGCAUGUGCCCCAUCAGCAGCAUACUGUCGUUUCGCCACCGCACGUUCGUCAGCGUCAUGGACGACCCUGCGACGUACACCGGCUCACCGGCAUCCCUUUUUCACGGGGGCAAGUUUUCUACUGCUGGCGCGUCCCGUAAGGGCUUCCUGCUGACGUCGCUGCGCUUCGGCACAGUGGUGGUGAACUACCUUAACGUCCACCUAUACCACGACACUCGCAACACGGAAGCAUCAAGGACGAGCCCGAGUCCGUACACACUGAAGCGACAGGAGGCGCUGCUGGAAGCGAUGGCGGAGUGCUUGGUUGUCAUCUCGCCACAAGAUCCGCUCUUUGUCUUCGGCGACUUCAACGUUCGUCUCGACGCCUGCGCCCUGCUGCAGCACUUGAAGGAGACCAACCAAAUGGACGUCAAACUUGACGAGAAAGGUGUGCAUGCGCCAGACAGUUUUUGGGAACUCUUUUCGGAACCGUCGCAUGCGGAGAUUAUCAAGAAGUUCGACGUUGAGUUGCAGCGCUUGAUGGAUGUGGUAGCGCAGCAAAGUGGCGUUGAGCUGGCGGAGUUCGCCGUUCGCUUCCCACCAACGUACGCACACACCUCUGUGGAGGAUUGCCCACAGAGUUCCCAUACAACAGGAAUGAUUGCGUCUGAUGAUCGGGAUAACGCAGAGGAGGGUGAGGAGACAAUGGAGACGAAGAAGAAGGUAGUACGAACUGAGGCCACCGGCGACAAAGUGACUGCGCAGAUUGUGCUAACACGCAUCAUGGCAACACCCGCGCGCGAUUACGUGCGGAAGCGUAUCGCUGCCUGGUGUGACCGCAUUGUGUGGAAUCCUGCCGGGUUGGAGCUCAUGACGGGGCGUCGCUCCGCAUCAACGCCGUCACCUGUUUCCGUGAAGAGUGGUGGUGGGGACGGGUCGCUGCGUCGGUAUGCGUACCGUUCAUUCGCUUUGUCGCACACCGACCACGACGCCGUGGCAUUGCUCUUUUGA